UGCGUAGCUCUCGCACCUCAUUGGUCCGCCGUUAUGAAUGAGGUGGGUCUUGACGACACUCACCGUGUAAGCUACUGUUGAAAUUCCAAUGCUAACCAACUUUAGCCCAGCUUGCUAACAUGUAAUUCAGCGAAUGUGGAGAACUAUUUAUACGGCGCUAUUCUGGAUUUAAAUUCAUAAAUACUAUUUUAUUUCCAAUUGAGGAUUAUUUUAAAAUUCGUCUUGAUGUUUGCUACUGCGCGUGUCUCCGUUACUGCAACCAGGACAUGUCCAGUUAGCCAGAACGCAGCAAUCGGUGGAUAACGAACCUGGCAAGCUAGCCAGCCAGCCCAUUUGGACUGGGUCUGCGUUGAGGGAUUUGAACAGGUUUCAUCGCCCAGAAGACAGUAAAGCCGGAUGCUGUGACUGCCAUGAGUCCCGCAGGCUGCCCCCAUGUCAACGGCUUCAAAGUGGACAACUGGAAGCAGAACCUGAGGGUCAUUUAUCAGUGUUUCGUGUGGAGCGGUUCAGCCGAGACCAGAAAACGCAAGGCCAAGUCAUGUAUCUGCCAUAUGUGCGGCGCCCACCUGAACAGACUCCACUCCUGCCUCUACUGUGUCUUCUUCGCCUGCUUUGCCAAAAAACACAUCCACGAACAUGCAAAGAGCAAAAGGCAUAACCUAGCUAUUGACCUGCUGUACGGGGGAAUUUACUGCUUUAUGUGCCAAGACUACAUUUAUGACAAAGACAUGGAACAGAUUGCCAAAGAGGAACAAAGGAAAGCCUGGAAAAUGCAAGGCAUAGGGGAGAAAUACUCAACGUGGGAGCCCACCAAGAGGGAGCUGGAGCUGCUCUGUCACAACCCCAAGAGGAGGAGAAUCACCUCCAACUGCACUAUUGGCUUGCGCGGUCUGAUAAACCUGGGCAACACGUGCUUCAUGAACUGCAUCGUCCAGGCGCUGACACACACUCCACUGUUGCGUGACUUCUUCCUGUCCGACCGACACAAAUGUGAGAUGCAGAGCAACUCCUGCUUGGUGUGUGAGAUGUCGCAACUCUUUCAGGAGUUCUACUCAGGCCAUCGCUCGCCUCACAUCCCGUUCCGCCUCCUCCACCUGGUGUGGACUCAUGCCCGUCAUCUGGCCGGUUAUGAGCAGCAAGAUGCCCACGAGUUCCUUAUCGCGGCGCUGGACGUCCUGCACAGACACUGCAAAGAUGACAACGGGAAGAAAGCCAACAACCCAAACCACUGUAACUGCAUCAUCGACCAAAUCUUCACAGGGGGCUUGCAGUCUGACGUCACCUGUCAAGUGUGCCAUGGUGUUUCAACAACCAUAGACCCGUUCUGGGACAUCAGCCUGGACCUGCCUGGAUCCUCCACACCAUUCUGGCCCCUCAGCCCCGGCGGAGACGGUUCAGCACUUAACGGAGAGAGUCACACCACUGGAGCCACAGCGCUCACAGAUUGUCUACGCAGGUUCACCAGACCAGAGCACCUCGGCAGCAGCGCUAAGAUCAAGUGCAGCGGUUGCCAUAGUUACCAGGAGUCCACCAAGCAGCUGACCAUGAAGAAGCUGCCCAUCGUGGCCUGCUUUCACCUCAAAAGGUUUGAGCACUCAGCCAAACUACGGCAGAAGAUCACAACUUAUGUCUCCUUCCCACUGGAGCUGGACAUGACCCCCUUCAUGGCCUCCAGUAAAGAGAGCAGGAUGAACGGGCAGUACCAGCAGACCGUGGAACCCUUCAACAACGACAACAAGUAUAGUCUAUUUGCUGUGGUGAACCACCAGGGGACACUAGAGAGCGGCCAUUACACCACCUUCAUCCGGCAGCACAAGGACCAGUGGUUCAAAUGUGACGAUGCCAUCAUCACCAAGGCCAGCAUCAAGGAUGUACUGGAUAGUGAAGGGUACCUUCUGUUUUACCACAAACAGUUCCUGGAGUACGAAUAGUCUCCUCCGUCAGCCCAGCCUGCAGGAGGAGAUGAGGGCUGAUGCAAGGAGUAGUUGCAUGGGAACAGGUAACAAAGUGAUCAGAGAGGCAAGGAAACAGAAACACAAGCCUACCUGAGUCAUUCUAAGUCACAACUCCCACUCUAACAUGGAGCCACCCUUACUACAUACUAAUCUAGUUCCUCUGUCUGUACGACAUUCAAGAAUGAACUGUCUGCUGUGCGGGAUAGAGCAAAAAUGAAAGAACCAAACAAAAUGCAAGUAAUCUAGUAGGGAGGUUUGUUUGGCCCAAUGGAGGAAUAUUGCAUACUUGCAAAAGUUUUUCACUGGAAUUCAGGGGAUAAAGAAUAAAGCAGCUGUGAUAAUCUGCUAUGAGUAAGAAACUGCAUGACCAGUCUGUGGUUGCUUUCAGAUAAUAGAGGAAUAGACAGAAGAGCAGAAGGUUUUUUUUUUUAAACCUUAGUUUAUCUAGGGAAGGUUUUUGUGAUCACAAAUGCUGUUCUUUACCAAUGUCGUGCUUCAUGCUGGCACAGCUGCGUAUAUUAACACCCGUGGGUGCUAAGAAACAGAGCCGCAACCUUCCACCUGGGUUUUUAUUUUCACUUUACCCGAAAGGAUUCAAACGGGCAACUUUCUGGACACAAGCACACUUAUCUAACACACCCACACUCCAAAUGACCAAAUAUAUCAAGGAUGGAAGUUGUCUUAAUAUGCAUUUUUGUUCAAAAUGCAAAGAGUGGAAAAAAAAAAGAAUCACCAGGGCAAAUGGUAUUAUGAAUAUUGUAUAGAGAGACAGUUAAUUCCAUUCAUUGCUAAUGAGUUUGUAGUUGUCAGUUGUCAGAUACUAAUAGGAAACAUUUUCUUUAACCAGGACACGUGCACAAAGGAUCUGUUAUUUUCUGCAUCGUUGCUUCCAACAGUCACAGGGGGGGAAAUAGAUUACACAGUGAAUAUUAUAUUUUUAUACAUACUUUUGUUUACGAUUUUGCAUUCUCCCUAAACUCUCACAUUGUUUGUCUGUGUUACAUUGUGCAGUCAAUCACGUUUUUUGUACACAAAAGCAAAACAGUUCCGAUAAUUUUCAUGAAACUGCUGCUAAGGCGCCUUUUUUUUUUUUUUUUUCUUCGUUUGUUUAAUUUGGUUCUUUUUGUCAAAUUUUUUUGACUUUACAGAGGCAUAUUCUCCAUGUUCAAUAAACAUUGUCGUGAUGCUGUUUCAGGUAAAUGGCAAAAAAGAAAUGAAGCAAAAGAGGAGGGUGUUAUUCUCAGUACAGAGUGUGUAUAAAGGGUCAGAAGCUCGAUCCUGCAUUGUUAACCGUCGGCCGCAUGUCGCUCUAAUUCCGUGUGUUUGUGUGCGUGUGUGUGUGUGCACGUGUAUGUGCCCGAGAAAGGUGAGGGGGAAAAAAAGCUAAGUUUAUGUGUGUUUGUUUAAAAUAUGUUAUUGCGUGUAAAGAGAAAAAAAAAAAAGUGUGUAUGUGUUCUGUUUGUAUGCACGUGUAUCGUGCGCGUGCAUAUUGACCGUAUGUUCGUGUACUGAAUCAGUACUUGCAUUCAGCAUGCCGUCUGAGCUGGGUAUCACAGUUUGAUAGGAUUUUUUUCCACAUGUUGAUGAUGUGUGUAAAGGUAUAUAUGUACAGUUUGUAUGUUAAGAGACAAAUGGUGAAACCUCAAAGUUGAUUUGUUCUUCUAUAUUGCUGAAUCCAGCCACGGGGUCGUAAUCAGAAGAAACAUGUCUUGACCCGAUCAGUCAUUCCUCGCAUACACAUGUAACUGCUGCAAGAACUGGACACAGUGAUGGAAAGACACUCAAAUAAAGA